CCUCUUGUCUUGCUUGGCUUGACUCGAACGGUAACGUUCAAGACUGUCCCAGCCAGUUCAGGCCGUUAUUUCCGUUCUGCAUCAUCUUCCUGAACAAGAAAGAUACAAGAAGAUACCGAGUCGGGACGAUCACAGUGCUUACAAGUCGAUGCAGGACGACCGCACUAAAAUAGGCCCCAUUGACUCUUGCUGCAACCAAAGCCCACUUCUUGAUACCUUGACCGCAAUCUUCACCCCCCAAGAACGGAACCCAGACGGAACCCAGCCCUGACGAGACUCCAGAACGGCCCCAUCAGCCAACAGCUUGCAGACGAUUCCAUAGGGCAGCCGCCUUUGAUCGCCACCCAUCACCACCGUUGACCAUCUCCAUUUGCUGCAGGACAAGGCCACCCAGACUUCCUCUCUUUUCUCGGCAAGCCACCAUGGGACUGAACAAAACCCACGAGAUGCCCCCUCCCGGAGCCUCGCUUCCCAUCAUUGACGUUGAGAAAGCGGCAUCGGAAGACGCAAGGACACGCUUGACGAGACCAGAGGACCAAAGACUACCAUCCAACACCACCGACAACAACAAGAUGACUUCGUCGAGGCGCGCUCUCCUGAGCGUCACCCUGUGCCUCUUGUUCUUCUUCGGCUUGACAUCGGCCAGACCAUCAAGAUGGCAGCAGAGGGUUCAGUGUCAUGAGGGAGCUGCAUCGGCAGAGGGCGAGAACUUCCAGUCCAUGGUGGAUGCGGCAUCGCCAGACUCUCUUCACAUCAUUCUUCACAAGACCUUCCCUGGCCGGUUCCAGCACGGAGUUUGGGAGUCAGAGAAGCAAGCCAUCGAGGCCGUUCGCCGGGACAACGCCCCUCUUGCGACAGCCAUCUUGCGCAUGGCCAAGCGUGAUGACUCGAACACGACCAUCGCUUCGUCAACUCAGCAACCAACUCAGCAACCAACUCCUUCUUCGGCCUCAUCCAGCGCCCAGGUUACUUCGUCGUCGAGCUCCGCGGCGCAAGUCACCAGCUCUUCAUCGAGUGCACCUGCGCCUGAGCCGUCAACCACCACCCAGGCUCCUCCUGUCAUCACCACUACUUCGACCACUUCGACCAAGUCAACAUCCUCUUCGGUACCUCAGGCUAGCCCCAGCUCAACUGGUACGUCCGUGGGCGAGAGUGAGAGAACUCUCGUUCCUUUAUCAACGUCGUCUUCUGCGUCUUCCGUGUCGUCUUCCGAGCCGUCUUCUGAAGCCGGAGUGUCUUCCACCACUUCUUCUUCAUCUGUCUCCUCAACCACCUUGACCACCACCUCCAAGGCCAAGCCCCAAACCACCGAGCAACCACAGACCACCCAGCAACCUCAACAGCCCGAUGAGCCCAUGACCCCCAGCUCCAAGGUCAUCGUCCAGACGUUGACCUCGACCUCGGACGGCGUCGAGAUUGUCGUCACCCAGACCAGCACCGUCCGCGUUGACCCCACCCCCACAGUGGGCGCGGCCACCACCAGGGCUUCUCCCAGCCUUCAGAACGCGGGUUCUUCUAUCCAGCAGCAGCGGGGAGCGGGCCGCUGGCUGAUGGUCGUUGAGGCUGUCGUAUUGGGAGCGCUGUUGAUCUUCUUUGUGCUUGCUUGAACUUGAGCGCGGUUGAAGUUCCAGUUUUCAGUUUUUCCUUUUGGGUUAUGGGUUUUUGUUUGGCUUUGACUUUUCAAGUUUGCGUCUCGUUUGCUUUAGCACUGCAUUGCGUCGGUUACUUACGUCUACGUCACUUACAUUAUUUUUCUGUCGUUCUUGCAUUCCG